AUGGCUUCAGUCGACCCUUCCUCUCUGUUGGUAUCAGCAGCUGUGCCGACAUUCAAAUGUCCCGCUGGGACAAAGAUGCACAUAUUGAACCUGGGAACCCUCCAAGCUGACGAAUCCUGGAUCCUGCGAGGCGCCAAUGCCAGCGGUCUGAGCAACCUAAACCCGACAAACAAACGAAGAGAUCUGGCUCUCCUCUCGGCUCUGAUCGAGCAUCCUGAUGUCGGCCUCAUUCUGUACGAGACAGGCUGUGCCGAGGACCUAGAAGUGCAAUGGCCGGCACCUGUGACAGAUGUCUUUCCCCGCGUUGAAUACUCAGACGCUCAUAGACUGCCCAAUGCCAUUAAGGCUACUGGGAAUGACAUCAAAGACGUCAAGGCUGUCAUCAUCGGCCAUCUCCACCUCGACCAUGCGGGAGGUCUCGAGCACUUCGUAGACACCGAUGUGCCGAUCUAUGUCCACGAAGAAGAGUUCAAGCAUGCCUGCUGGGCAGUUGCAACAGGUGCAGAUUUGGGCGUCUAUCUCGGCCACUACAUGCUUUUGGAAAAGCUUAAGUGGAGCACCUUCACCGAGUCGCAGUUGGAUCUUUUCCAAGGUAUUAUACUCUACCAUUCACCCGGCCAUACCCCGGGACUGUGUAUCAUGCAAGUCAAUCUUGCCAAUGAUGGUCCGUUCAUCUGGACUACGGAUCAAUUCCAUGUGGCCGAGAACUAUGAGCUUGGCCAUCCUCAUGGAGGGCUGGCGAGAGAUCACACCGCUUGGUAUCGCAGCUUGAACAUGAUCCGUAGGCUUCAGAGGUUGUAUAAUGCGCGCUUGAUCUUUGGCCAUGAUAACAAUGUUGCGCUACAAUUGAUCAACGAGAAGCCGUAUUAUGAAUAA